AUGGCAUCUCACAAUCAGCCUAUGCCGCUGCCAGUCCGGACGAACACUAUGGAUUCACAAAAAUCCCAGUCAUCGGGUCAAAUAUCCCCACCCUAUUCCCCAGCGUCACCAACGGCCCGCACAACAGCUUCGCCAACCGAAGAGUCAUUCUUCGGCGCCAUCUCAGCGCGCCUUCGUGGUCGCUCGCGAAGUCGCUCUCGUGGAGCCACGUCUCGCAAACGCUCCAAGUCGCCCAUGGCCAUGCCGCCCACCCAAGCACCUUACCCACAGGGGCGUGCUUCCACUACAAGUCCUACCAAUUCAACACGGCCAACUGCAGCACCAGUACAAAAUGGCAGGCCUAGCAUACAAGAUGCGGGUCGACGGAGUACAAGUGGAAGCGACCCAUGGAAGGGACGGCACUCGAACGAUUGGUUGUUCAACGGGUACUCGCUGACGGCUUCAGCCAGAGAGCUAGUUCAGCGACGGAAAUAA